CCGGUCCCGUGACCACGAAUUCCCUGCAAUUUUGCCGGAGUCCUGGGUUUAAUAGAGAGAGUCCCCAUACGCUUGUAUUUAUCAGCAAUAUACUAUUAUAAAGGCCCAAAAUUAAAAAAAAAAAGUGUGGGGGAGAGAGAGAGACAACGAUCCCCCCUCCCAAAAUCGCUCCAUCACAUAAACCUGGGGGGGGCUGGAGGGGGGGUCCCUUCCGAUCCUCCCUCCUGAGGCCCCCCCCCAGCAGGCCCCCCUCCCCCACCAUUGAAAGCCAUGAAUUUUGAAUUUGAGAGGGAGAUUGGGUUUAUAAACAGCCAGCCAUCGCUUGCCGAGUGUCUGACUUCCUUCCCCGCUGUCUUGGAGACAUUUCAAACUUCAUCAAUCAAGGAGUCGACAUUAAUUCCUCCUCCUCCUUUCGAGCAAACCUUCCCCAGCCUCCAGCCCAGCGCCUCCUCCACCCUUCAGAGACCCGGGAGCCAAAAGCCAGCCGAAGAUGGGCCCGCUCUGCCGCCGCCGCCACCACCGCCGCUUCCCGCGCCCCCCCAGGCCCCCGAGUUCCCCUGGAUGAAAGAAAAGAAAUCCGCCAAGAAACCCAGCCAAUCCGCCGCGUCUCCGCCAACAGCCACCUCCGUUCCGGCCUCCGGGGUCGGCUCGCCCGCAGAGGGCCCGGCGGCGUUGGCAGAGACGGCGGGCGGCGCUGCCCGCAGGCUGCGCACGGCUUAUACCAACACGCAGCUGCUGGAGCUGGAGAAGGAAUUCCACUUCAACAAGUACCUGUGCCGGCCGCGUCGCGUCGAGAUCGCGGCCCUGCUGGACCUCACCGAAAGGCAGGUCAAAGUGUGGUUCCAGAACCGGCGCAUGAAGCACAAGCGGCAGACGCAGCAUCGCGAGCCGCCCGACGGAGAGCCCGGCUGCACCGGCGUCUUGGAGGACAGCGGCGAGCCCGGCAACGAGCCGGUGGCUAGUCCGGGCCGGCCCUCUGGCUUGCACGCGUCGCGGGAUGCCUGUUCUCGGGCCGCUGAGAUGGUGCCGGGAUCCCGGCCUUUGGUCGAGUGCUUGGAGGUUGCGGGUGCGUCGAGCCCCGGUGGCACCCAGCGCCGGGCCAGGGCGGGCGGCUUGGAGCCGGAGACCGUGCUGGAAGACGCUUUCCAAACCGAGCGGCAAGAUUCCCCGCUCCUGCCUGACUUCAACAUCUUCGCGGCCGACUCCUGUCUCCAGCUGUCCGAAGGCCUCUCCCCCAGCCUUCAGGGCUCGCUCGACAGCCCGGUUCCCUUCUCGGAGGAAGAGCUGGAUUUCUUCACCAGCACCCUCUGUGCCAUCGACCUGCAGUUCCCCUAAUCAAUUUAUUUGCUCCUUUUGGCCCUGUAGACACCCCUGGUCCCUUAUCCCGCACCUCCCACCCCCAGCUCCUAUAGACUGUUUGAUGUGUUUUGCUAAAAUUCAGGUAUUAUUGACUUAACGUGGAAUCCACCUUUGUCUGAAAUAUUGGACACUCCGGCGUCUUCUUUUUUCUUUUUUUUAAAUCACACAGAAAAAUUCCGUUUGAUAGACUCCUUCCCACGAAAUCUCAGGAAUAAGAAACUCUGGGGGGGGGGGCAGGGGGUUGCUUUCUUAAAAAAAAAACAAACACAAGAGGAACCUAUUUUCCUCUUGUUUUUUUUUUUCAGUAUUAGAUCGUAGCUUAUUUAUUAAAAUUCUUUAAUAGGAAAAGGGGAGAGUAUUUAUUGUACAUUAUUUUCAUAGAUUGAAUAAAUGUCUUUAUACUACAGAAACGA